AUGGCUAAUCAUUUUUACAUUGAGCAUAAAGACCAGAGUUACAAUAUAUUUGUUGAUGAUGAGGAUGACUUUGAGGCCGGCUUUUUCAGCAAAAAUAUCCCAAACAGACCCAACCACUACAAUAGCAGCCACAGCAACUACAAUAACAGCAACUACAACUACAAUAACAGCAACUACAACUACACUAACAGCAACUACAACUACAAUAACAGCAACUACAACUACACUAAUAAUAACAACUACAGCAGUAAAAAUGGUAGUAGCAAAAUUUUUGGUAUGGAUAGCAACAUUUUUGAAAAAAAUGGCUACAAAAUGUUUGGAAAAGUUGACAGCAGUAGCUGUAACAACAACAUCAGCAGCAACUGCAGCACAGCUUAUCAACGAGAGUUCCCAGAAAAAUUUAUGAACACAGCAACAACAAUGCAACUGUCUCAGUCUCCAAUGCUAAAACAGCCAUUCCUUCCAAACGAUAUGAAAGUUUUGGAAAAACCCAAAGACAUGCUAACAACGACAACUACUACAACGUGUACAGCUGAUACUAAAAAUAGAACGUUGGCUUCUCCAAAUUUACUGAAUAUUGGCCUUUCUAAAACUGCUGCUACUGCUGUCACUUCCAGUACUGCUACUACUACUAAUAAUAAUUAUUAUUUUUACAUUAACAAGGAUAACAAUAAGAAUAAUAAUAGCGACAACAACAAUAAUAAUAAUAGGGAUGUGCCUGUUAAAAGGAAAAGAGGCAGGCCGAGAAAGGUGGUAAAAAAUGUUGACGCAAAUGGUGAUAUAUCGAUUGCUGGGGGCGAUGGUAACGAGGGUUAUAACUGUGGUGGUGGUGGUGCGGGCGGGGGUGAUGGUGGUGGAGAAAAUGAUGGACCCGUCAGGAAAAAAAGUGUAUGUACUUGCUUCCAGUAUUUGUGUUAUUAUUAA